AUGGCCGACCGGGAGUCUUCCCUUUCUUCUUCUUCUCAUUCCGAGGGGCUGAGGGCAACGGCUGCUUUGGGCGACGACGGCGCGGAGGUGGACAAUCCUACAGUGGGAGGGAGAACAGUCGAUUGUUCUCCCUCACAAGUCUACCGUCCAGUAGUACCCUCUGGAACCCCUGCGACCAGCGCCGAUUCUCUUCUUCCGUCGUCUUCGCGGGCCUCCGAGCACAAGUCAUCAUCAUCAUCAUCAUCAUCAUCAUCGAUGGAGGAAGAGGCGAAAGAGGAGGUGCAACCCUCGUCCAUCCUCAACAACACGCCCUCACCCCGCUCGAACGAGGCUGUCGAGUCCCAGCACGCCGUCAAACUCGAAGGCGAGCGCGAACCAAAGAACCAGCAAGACAAAUCGUAUCCCCCGCCGCCGCCGCCGCCGCCGCCGCCGUCCCGUUCCUCGACUCCGACUGCGAUGACCACGAGACCAAUACCCACUACUCCUCCCAACCCGCCAAGCACAUCACCCGCGCUGGCUCAUACCCUCGCAAAGCGCGUGGAAGGGGUCACUUCGAAACUGGAGGGUGUAGCAGGAGAGGAGCUUCCGGAGGAUCUCGCGAGGGAAGUGCAGCUGUUGGAGGAAGAGGUUAGUUCGGAGUCUGAGGAUGAGCUUGAGGGGCACGUUCGGGAUAGCGAUCACGAAGAGGAAGAAGAGGAGCACGGGCGCGGGGGAGUGGAAGUUGAAGGCGGGGGUAACAUUGUUGACCUGCGCGACGACUGUGGUGGAGAGAACGGUGGUGAAACAUCAUCAUUCCUGGCGAGCAUUUCUUCUGCGAGCAGCGGCGGUGAGGAGUUUCGCACGACGCAACCGCCUGCCGGCAUCCCUUCCGAACUCGUCAUCGACGACGAUACAAGUCAGGGCGCAGGACCACGCAUUUCUUCUUCCGCGUCGUCGGCCGAGGGCACGCUCAAGAUCACCAAGCGAAACGUGUCCCCGACCUUGUUGGAGAAAAUGAUGCCGUUCGAAGGAGGAGGUAGUAGUGGAGAUGCUCAUCCGUCUGCAAAGGAGGACGAGCACCUCGACAUACCUCCCUCUCCAUCGUCGAGCCUCCAUCCUCCCCGUAAACCAGACGACGACGACAUCUUCAUCGAUUCUCCCCCCUUCUCGCCGCCACCACCAUCCUCCUCGCCCCUACCCGGACGACGUCCUCGCCCCGUCCUCACCCAUCUGAAAGCUCUCCCCGAGUACCUCCGCAGCGGCACCCUCUCCUCCAACUCCCUUCUCGCCUUGAUCGUCCUCUCCCUCCUGCUACUCGCCUAUGCGACGGUCUCCUGGUUAUCAACAUCGCCGGCUAGUAUAAUGGAAACUGGGAGUAGCGGAGUACUGGAGCCGGGUCCCGGGUGGUCGGUAGAGCGGGCGAUGGCGGCUGGAAAGAGUCGAAGGGCAUUGGUGGAGCUGAUUCCCUCGGCGCGGGAGGAGGACCACGACUCCGAGGUUUAUCCUCCUCCUCCUCCUCCUACGACGCCGACGCCGCCGCCGCCGCUAACGACGGUGGAACUGGCGCUGUAUUUGAAGAGCGUGGCGGUUCUCCAUCGAGCCUAUCUCAACGCCACGGACGAGCAUGACGCCGCCGCCGGGUGGGAGAACGUUAGCGGCGGAGGAGGAGGAGGAGGAGGAGGGAAAGGAGGCGAUCAUAUCUUCCCCUCACCAACAUCGCUGCGGGACCAACAGAUCCGCGGAGUGCGCGAGAUGGAAAGGGUAAUUGCGAAACUAACACGUCUCGCCGCGCGGGACGAGGGAUUUCCGAAUCGGGAGAAGAAGUUUUCAUGUCGGGCACUGGAGGAAGAGAGGCGGUUAGAGGCGGAGGGGUUGAGGGUUAGGGUGUUGGGGUUGGUGGCGGGGCUGAGGAUUGGUGGGAGUAGCGAGGCUGGUAGCCGUGAUGAUGGUGGUGGUGGUGGACGACGGGGGGAUGGUGGAUGGAGGGAUGUAGUGGAGGGGUUGAAUUGCUUCGUCGAGGCGUAUUUUGAGGGGGUUGCGGGGUGGGAGGGAGGAGGGGAUGUGAUGUGA